GUCUUCUGCUACUUCUCACUGACGUGCGGGAUGCAGCUGCUCCUCUUCACGUACGUAGUGUGGCUGCUGUGGAAGAACGGUAUCGGCUUCUUCCAGCACUUCUGGUCGAUCUGCGACCUGAUCAUCCUGACGCUGUUCGUCGUACUGCUGGGUAUCUACCUGAACGUGUUCACAGACGCCGGCUCGGAGCCGAACCUGCAGCCAGAGAACAUCGCGGACCCCGAGAUGUUCUUUCCCGCAGGCCGCCUGGUGCCCUCCCUGGAGCUCGCCGAGCGGGUGCUGUCGGGCCUGGGCCUGCUGAGCUGGCUGCGCAUCCUGAAGUACCUGUCGCUCAUCGACAUGUUCCACCCCUUCGUGCGCGUCGUCGAGCGCUGCAUCUACAACCUGCUGCUCUUCGCCUGCCUGCUGUGC